GUUUCUGAAUCUCAGGUCGCUGGCGUGGGCGGAGCUGGAUGCUGCGGUGACAGGGCUCCGCAGUGCCGUUGGGGCGGAGCUCUGGGUCCCCAGGCCCUGGGAUCUCGAGGGCACCGCCGCCGCCGCCAACGCCAGUUGUCGCCUCUCGGACCCCUCGCCUCGCUGCUGGGCCUUUACACCUCCCCAGAGAACCACACCGGCCCGGAAUGGCGUCAUGAGAGCUCUGGACGAUUUAGAUCCAUUUGCCUCCACUCCUAGAGGCCCAGGUUUAGGGGGGUCUACAGUUACAUGAAUGAGGUUAACAGGGCGGAGAUGGGGCGAGAGUGGCGGCCCAAAAGGGCCUCCCGGAGUCAAAGAUUUGGGAGAUGAACCUCGAGAAUCAAGAAGCGGAUGCAGGAAAUUGGGUGGCGUUCACUGUGGCCGAGAACAUCUUGUCAGAGGCCCCAGAUCAGACUGGCACUCCCUCCACCCCAACCAAGACCACUAGGAUUCCCAGCUUCACACGACCGUGGAUGGGAUCUACCACCCCCAGACCGAAAUUUAGAGGUGGGGCUGGUUAUGUUCCGGUCGCUGUGCUCAGAGGCCCGCGACCCUCGGCCCCAACCCCUAGGCCACCGCGGAGGCCUCACCCUUCCUGGCCAUUCAUUGGAAAUAGCCCCUAGCCCGCGCAGACCCUGGAGCCGCAGUUCCUGCCGGCGCAAGCGGCGCGCGAUCCGUGAGGAGGCGGGGCGGGGCCAGCGAACCCUCUCCCACAGUGAUUGGCUAAGGGGCGUGGAGGGGAGCCGGAAGCCACGCAGGGCCACGUCUGCGGCUCCGAAAGUCCCAGUGUGGUUUCAGGCGCCGCCGCGAGGCUGAUUCUCCGCACAGUUGGAGGUGAGGGCGAGUCUCCUGGCAGAGACAUGGAUUUAGAAGCUAUCACAAAACACUCAGUAUUACAUGCCAAGCCCAAUGGACUCAUUCUUCAAUAUGGGACUGCUGGAUUUCGAACAAAAGCAGAGCAUCUUGAUCAUGUCAUGUUUCGCAUGGGAUUAUUAGCUGUUCUUAGGUCAAAACAGACGAAAUCUACAAUAGGAGUCAUGGUAACAGCAUCACACAAUCCUGAGGAAGACAAUGGUGUCAAAUUGGUUGAUCCCUUGGGUGAAAUGCUGGCACCUUCCUGGGAGGAACAUGCUACCUGUUUGGCAAAUGCUGAGGAACAAGAUCUGCAGAGAGUGUUGCUGGACAUCAGCAAGAAAGCUGCUGUGGAUCUGCAACAAGAUGCCUUCGUAGUGAUUGGGAGAGAUACCAGGCCCAGCAGUGAGACACUGUCACGGUCUGUAAUAGAUGGCGUCACUGUUUUAGGAGGUCAAUUUCAUGAUUACGGCCUUCUAACGACACCCCAGCUGCACUACAUGGUGUACUGUCGAAAUACCAAUGGCCAGUAUGGAAAGGCGACCGUAGAGGGUUACUAUCAGAAACUCUCGAAGGCCUUUGUGGAACUUACCAAACAGGGCUGCACAGUUCUGGCCCUUGUAUCCUUACCGUGUGUGGGCAUUUUCUUGGCAAGCCAUGCUUCCUGCCAUGGAGACGAGCACCCACCCCUUAAGGUUGACUGUGCGAAUGGCAUAGGGGCCCUGAAGCUGGGAGAGAUGGGGCGCUUCCUCUCCCAGGGGCUCACGCUUCAGCUGUUCAACGUUGGCACCAAAGGGAAACUCAAUCAUUUAUGUGGGGCUGACUUUGUGAAAAGUCAUCAAAAACCUCCACAAGGAAUGGAAAUGAAGUCCAAUGAAAGAUGCUGUUCCUUUGAUGGAGAUGCAGACAGGAUUGUUUACUACUACUAUGAUGAGGAUGGCCACUUUCAUCUCAUAGACGGAGACAAGAUAGCAGCGCUCAUCAGCAGUUUCCUUAAAGAGCUCCUGCUGGAGAUUGGAGAAAAUUUGAAUAUUGGCGUUGUACAAACUGCAUAUGCAAAUGGAAGUUCAACACGGUAUCUUGAAGAAGUUAUGAAGGUACCAGUCUAUUGUACUAAAACUGGUGUAAAGCAUUUGCACCACAAGGCUCAAGAAUUUGAUAUUGGAGUUUAUUUUGAAGCAAAUGGGCAUGGCACAGUACUGUUUAGUAAAGCUGCUGAAAUGAAGAUAAAACAACUAGCAAAAGAAUCAGAAGAUGAGAAAAGGAAAGCUGCUAAGAUGCUUGAAAACAUCAUUGAUUUAUUUAACCAGGCAGCUGGUGAUGCUAUUUCUGACAUGCUGGUGAUCGAGGCAGUCUUGGCUCUAAAAGGCUUAACUGUACAACAGUGGGAUGCUCUCUAUACAGAUCUUCCAAACAGACAGCUCAAAGUUAAGGUUGCAGACAGGCAAGUGAUUAGCACCACUGAUGCUGAAAGGCAAGCAGUCACACCCCCAGGACUACAGGAGACAAUCAACAACCUGGUGAAGAAGCACAAGCUUUCCCGUGCUUUUGUCCGGCCCUCUGGUACUGAAGACGUAGUCCGAGUGUAUGCAGAAGCAGAUUCACAAGAAAGUGCGGAUAGCCUUGCCCAUGAAGUGAGCUUGGCAGUAUUCCAGCUGGCUGGAGGAGUUGGAGAAAGUCCCCAACCACGUUUCUGAAGACAACUUUUAUAUUCCUGAGAAACUGGAUUUUUAAAAAGUUUUUACAUAAUAAUAGUACUGCCAUUAUUGUGACAGGUUCAAACACAUGUAUAAUCAUGUUUACUGUACCUUACUGGAUUGUUUCUAGAUAUUAUUUUUCUUAAACACUAACAGAAUAUUCUUU